AAAAUUAGUCCGAUGUGCGAUAAUGAACUAAACAUGGAUUGAUCCUGAACUAAUCAAGGCUCAUGGGUUCUACUCACCAAUUAACCAUUAUCUGUGUAAUUCGUUUAGCAAAUAGUCCAUGUUUAGCCCUGAUUAGCCUAUGCAAAUCCUAGUUCUGGGAUCCGAACAGGGUGCAAGUUUAUCUUGGUAGACCAUUCUCAUUUGUCAAUUUUCUUAGCUACCAAGGCAGAGAGAUGGUCCCAACAGGCUGUCGGACAUUUCAAUGAGAUGCCCUUGUGCCCACGUUUGUGGCUCCAGUCCAAGCCUUUUGAUGCUAUUCCUUCCUUGCUAGUCCACCAUGGGCCGGAGAUUUUUUCCAUGGCGUAGCCUAUCAAAACGCUGGAGCUUCCACCGGCGUUUCCAAUAGUCAACAAUGUGGCUCCGGUGUUUCCCACGCCUCUUGGCUUAUUGUUUAACCCCCUGCCGUCCCGCGCUCAUCCCUGAGACAGCACCGCCAUCCUCUUGUCAUGGCCAUGGAAUCUCCUCUAAUGGAGCCCCUACUGGACUCCAAUGACCGCGCUCCGGCCCACGUGGACACGCCGGGCGAGCACGGCGAUGCCGCCGCCGACGAGAGCAGCGCCGUCGUGGGGAAUGGCACGGACGCCGAAGAGAGCAUCGAGAAGAAGACUGUUGAUGGCGACGAUGAUGGUGAAGAAGGGGACGAGAUGUCUGCUUCCGUGCAGCGCAGGCUGGACGAGAUCGGCGGCGCUGGGAACGAGGAGGAGGAGGAGGAGGAGGCGGGCGACGACGCGGAGGCCGACGAGAUGGCGGCGCGCAUGGAGCGCCGCCUCGCCGCGCUCCCCGGGAAGCCGCACGUGAGCGAGCUCUACACCAUCUUCCGCGUGGCGGGGCCCAUGCGCGACCGCAACCGCCACCUCUACGAGCCGCAGAUGGUGUCCCUGGGCCCCUUCCACCGCGGCGCCGGCCGCCACCUCGACGCCAUGGAGGCGCACAAGUGGCGGUACCUCCGCGACCUCCUGGCCCGCGGCGGCGGCGGCAAGUCCGGCGGCGCGACGCUGGCCGACUACGCCCGAGCCGCGCGGGCCAUGGAGCCCCGCGCGCGGCGGCGGUACGCGGAGCCCGUGGCGCUACCGCCGGGGGAGUUCGCCGAGAUGCUCCUCCUCGACGGCUGCUUCGUGGUCGAGUUCUUCCUCAAGGGCGAGGACCGCGAGGACGACGCCCUCAUCGACGCGUCGUGGGCGAUGCAGAACGUGUUCAACGACCUCAUCCUCCUCGAGAACCAGCUCCCUUUCUUCGUCCUAGAGCGCUUCUACAACAUCGCCACCGGCGGGCUCGGCCGGGACCACUUCGUCACCAAGGUCCUCGUCAAUUACCUCACCGUCGACAUGGGGGCCGCGCGGGACGCCGAGCCCCGGCGGGCCCCCGACGGCGAGAUCCACCACCUGCUCCACCUCUACUACCACUGGUUCCUGCCGCCGGAGGACCGGCCGGCCGGGAGCGACCCCGCCGCCGCCGGCAGCGGCAGCGGCAAGUCCGAGGAGGACGCGUUCGAUGAAUGGAUAUCGAAGCCGAUGGAGGAGCGCGUGCCGUUGACGCUCCCGUCGGCGUCGGAUCUGAAGAACGCCGGGGUCACGAUCCGCGCCAAGAAAUCCCCGCGGAGCCUCGUGGACGUGACCUUCGACCCGCGCGGCGGCGUGCUGGAGAUCCCGGCGGUGGAGAGCUACACGAACCACGUGGUCUUCGCGAACCUCCUCGCGUACGAGCAGAGCCGGGGCCGGUGGGAGCUGCAGCGGCUGGUGAGCUACGUGCUGCUGAUGGAGUCGGUGGUGUCCGCGGCCCACGACGUGGAGAUCCUGCAGCGGGCCGGGGUGCUGGUGAAGGGGGGCGAGGACACGGCGGCGUUCUACGCGCACCUGGCCGGGGAGCUGUGCCCGCCGCCGGAGUUCGUCAACAACUGCUACGCCGACCUGUUCCGCGACGUCCGGGAGCACUGCGGCCGCAGCUGGAACCGGCACCGCGCCGUGCUGGUGCACGACUACUUCAGCAACCCGUGGACCAGCAUGUCCGCCGCCGCCGCCGUCUUCCUUCUCGUCCUCACCGUCGUGCAGACCGUCUACACCGUGCUGCCGUACUACAACCCCCCGUAAUUAACACCGGCACGGGACGGGACGGGAUGAUCAAGAAUCAGGAGGAAUCGGAGUACGUCACAGAGAGUCGGUGUAAUAGAAUACUGAGUAUCGAAACAUUUCUGUGCAUAAUAGAAUAAUCCAAUAAUUUAGCCAAGCCAAGUAAUCUUUAUUGAGAAGAUUGCUUGCAAAUGAGGCCGAGUCUGCUGAGGCACCUAAAUUCCUAUUUUUUUUGUUAGGACCUACAGUUACUUUGUUAAUAGUAUAUACAAUUUUUUUUUCAAUAAAAGGUAGCGAGUGAUUGUGACCCGUGGA